CCCCAGCUGUUAAGCUAUUUCUUCCCUGACGUUACAAAGUCACAACAGCUCUUUCCUUCUUCACUAUUUCUCCAUUAAAAGCCUCUAUCUUAGCUUCAUUUUCAACAAGUUUAGAAGCUUCAGGAGUCUUAACACCAGACCAAACCUUACUCAAUCUCCCUUUUUUUUUAUUUGUUUCAUUUUUCCUCUUCAAUUUCUUUACACAUAAAACUUUGCUUAUUGAUUUACAGUUUCUAACUUUCUUUGCUUUUGUUUUUAUGUCUGUUUUCUGGGUUGGAGAAUGGAGCACGAAAACAUAGACUGGAACAACAUAGAAUCUAUAUUCGAAGAAGACGACACGUACGAGAAUAUCAAUGCGCCUAAAUGGGUUGAUCUUUCUGCUCCAUGUGAAACUAUAGAUGAUGAAGCCUGGUUCUGCAAACCUGGUUGCAAGCAUCCGAAGUGUGCCGAAGAUUAUCUUAAAUCAAAGCACUACUCUAAGGUGAAGCUGCUAAGGUCUAUGACUAUAUCUGAAAUUCUUCCUUUCAGGGACAGAACCCGCAGAGAAGCAAAGGCUAAAAAUGGAGAAAAAUGGUCUAAACCUGCACAAAGUUUAACCGUAGACAAUGAGAACAGGAACCCAAACUUAUCUACUCCACCUCUCAGUGCCAAGACUAUGCCAAACAAAUUGGCAAAGAAAUCAUCUAUGAAGGAGAAAACUCUGUUGGAUGAUUUAAGAGACAAUUCAGCCAAGUCUGAUGGGAAGCGGGGUUUGAAGAGUACUUUCUCUGCGCGUAAUUUGGGAGCAGGACGAGAGAUUUUAAGUCAGAUCACUGAACUCUGCGCUGAAUUGAAGAAAAUGGCAAGGAAGGGUUCGAAAAAAGGAGCAUCAGAGAAGGCUUCGGGUGGUGUUUUGGGUGAAUUGAAGGAGAGAGUUAGAGAAAGAGAGAGGACGCCUCUGCUUGUGGUUAAAGAUAGGGAAGGCUAGAGAUAGUAGUGUAAAUGAAACAGGGGGAAAACAGAGAAUUACUGUAAAUUUUAUUUUACUUAAUAAAAACUAUGCUUGAUUCCAUCCUUUUCAUAGCAAACAUCUUCCUGUUUUCUUUCCAAAAUCUCCGAAUCCUGCUUGUAAAUUGUAAUUUUGAUCAGAGUCCGUCAAGAUAUUUGUUUAAUCACUGUUUUCCUUGGUGGUUUUGAAUAUGCAUUCGAGCACCAGAGAACCAAUGAUGCAUGUUUCAGAGAAGUGUGUCAAAACUGGUCAGCUGGAUAUGGACAAGAAAGCCGAUAUCCCAAGAUAUGCCAAUUGAUUCAAGAUUAUUAACCAAAGAGAAUAAGAUUCAGGAUGCAGGAUUUUGUUACAAUUUUUUUUUUUUUUAUGGAUUGUCACCAUUUUUUAAAGAGUAUUUAAAAGAAUACGGGACAAAGAAAAUUGUUUGGGGAAGUGAGGAGGACCGAGGGUUUAUUAUCUCAUAAGCAGUGAAUUCACUGCUACCAAUGAACUGCACAAAAAUUAUAGGUACAACUUCACAUGAAUUAUACUACAAAAUUUUCUCAUUUUAGAUCCCAUUUCUCACAUAACAUUUUGUUGACCUCAUAUGCAAUAUUGUAUAAUCCCCACAAUCGAAACCGGACAAUAUCCUUGAUCUGUUUCACAAUCUGCUCCCUGCGCAUUCCACAUUGUUAAAUUGCCUUUGAUUCCUUUCCUACCAAGCAACUCUAAGUAGGAUAGAUAUGAGCGAUUUCCCUUUGAGUUUCUCUACUGCCCACUUAAACUCAUUUUCCCAGCUAACUACCUCCCUACUCAGAUUACAAAGUUGCAAAACCUGCUUCCUUGCAGCCUUUGAAUAACUGCAUCUAAAGAAAAUAUGGUUCCUACUUUGACUUGCAAGAAAAUAUAC